AUGGCUGGAGCAUUAGAAAACGCUCGUAAAGAAAUAAAGCGUCUUUCAUUAGAUGACGAUGAAUCUUUAUAUGGUCUGAUUUACUCCGUGUCUGGUCCAGUCAUUGUGGCCGAGAACAUGAUUGGAUGUGCCAUGUACGAAUUGGUCAAGGUUGGUCAUGACAAUUUGGUUGGGGAAGUCAUUCGUAUCAAUGGUGAUAAAGCUACCAUUCAAGUCUAUGAAGAAACUGCUGGUGUCACUGUUGGUGAUCCAGUUUUAAGAACAGGUAAACCAUUAUCUGUUGAAUUGGGUCCUGGUUUGAUGGAAACCAUUUAUGAUGGUAUUCAAAGACCGUUAAAGGCCAUUAAAGAUGUCUCCCAAUCCAUUUAUAUUCCAAGAGGUAUCGAUGCCCCAGCAUUGAGUAGAGAAGUUAAAUAUGAUUUCACUCCAAGUUCUCUUAAGGUUGGUGACCAUAUUACAGGUGGUGAUAUCUUUGGUAGUGUUUAUGAAAACUCCCUUUUGAAUGACCAUAAGAUCUUGCUCCCCCCUAGAGCUAGGGGUACUAUUGUUUCUGUUGCCGAGGCCGGUUCUUACACUGUCGACGAAACUGUUUUGGAAGUUGAAUUUGAAGGUAAGACACACAAAUACUCCAUGAUGCAUACUUGGCCCGUCAGAGUUCCAAGACCAGUGGCUGAAAGAUUAUCAGCAGAUUAUCCAUUGUUAACUGGUCAAAGAGUCUUGGAUUCUUUGUUCCCAUGUGUCCAAGGUGGUACCACAUGUAUUCCUGGUGCUUUCGGAUGUGGUAAGACGGUUAUUUCUCAAUCUUUAUCCAAGUUCUCUAACUCUGAUGCCAUUAUUUAUGUAGGUUGUUUUGCUAAGGGUACAGAAGUCAUCAUGGCAGAUGGUAGUACUGAAGUCAUUGAAAACAUUGCUGUGGGUGACAAUGUCUUGGGUAAGGACGGUUUACCAAGAUCAGUCGUUGGUUUGCCACGUGGUGUCCAAGAUAUGUAUGAAGUCACCCAAAGAACUCAAAAUAACCGGGGUGAAACUUUUGGAAAGUUGGGUUACACUUGUAAUGCAGCUCAUUUGCUUGUUGUUUCUACCAAACAACACAUUAAGCUUACUGAUCACAUCGUUGGAGGUAAAUCUCAAACCUCUGUUGUUUAUUUUGAAUUUGCUAAGGUUGUUACCACAGAUGGUCGUCUUGUCAAGAUUGUUAAGGAACGCACUCGUACCUUCCAACAUUCUGCCAACCGUGGACGUGACCACUCUCGUAGGUUGGCUGAUAAGUUUAUGAGAGAAUUGUCCAAGGAAGACCUUCACUGGACUAUUGAAGCUCGUGACUUGGAUAUCUUGGGUAAGCAUGUUCGUAAGGCUACUUACCAAUACAUUAAUCCUAUUAACUUGGAAAAGCCAACCAUUGCUUCAUGGGUUGAAGAACUUGGUGUUAACAAGAACUUGGCUCCUCAAGUUGCUUACCUCAUGGGUUUGUGGGUUGGAAAUGGCUACAUUGACAGUACUUCCUUUUCUAUUGAUGCCUCAGAUGUCCAACUUUACGAACAUAUUGCUAAGUUGGGUGAGAUGUUGGGCUUGGAAGUUGAGUUCAAGUUGGACCCUAAGAACCGUAUGGUUAAUGAGUCUGUAAUAGACUCUGAUCCACCAGUUGAUUCUGAGAAAAUUUACCAAGGUGGUUUGACUGUCACCGUUGGUAGUAAAUCGAGCACAAGCAAUAUCUUCUGGGAUGUACUUGUUAAAUCUGGCCUUACAAACAAGCCAAAGAAUGUUCCAGAAUUCUUAUGCACUGAAUCUUACGAGGUUCGUGAACAAUUUAUUGCAGGUCUUGUUGACUCUGAUGGACAAGUUUCAUCUAAUGCCAACACUAAGUUUACCACUGUGAAGACUGUUCAUUCCGGUGUCCGUGACGGACUUGUUAAGCUUGCCCGUUCCCUUGGUAUUCGCGUUUCUGUUAACGUUGAAGUUAGCAAUGAAGAAUCUUACACCGUUUUCAUGAGCGGAGAAUCGCCAUUAAAGUCUGUUCUUGGAAAGUGUGUUCUUGAACGUAACUCUUGUGCUUCUCCUGAGAAGGUUAUCCGUGAAGGACAACCUUUCUACUUUAACGUUAAAAAGCUUGAUGCUGCUGACUACUAUGGUAUUACUCUUGAAGAUGGAUCUGACCACCAAUUUUUGUUGGCUAACUUGGCACUUGUUCACAACUGUGGUGAGCGUGGUAACGAGAUGGCUGAAGUAUUGAUGGAGUUCCCAGAGUUGUUUACUGAAAUAAAUGGUAGAAAGGAACCAAUUAUGAAGCGUACCACUUUAGUAGCCAAUACCUCAAAUAUGCCUGUGGCUGCCAGAGAAGCAUCCAUUUAUACAGGUAUUACAUUGGCUGAAUACUUGAGAGAUCAAGGAAAGAAUGUUUCCAUGAUUGCUGAUUCUUCUUCUCGUUGGGCUGAAGCUUUAAGAGAAAUUUCCGGUAGAUUGGGUGAAAUGCCUGCUGAUCAAGGUUUCCCAGCUUAUUUAGGUGCUAAAUUGGCUUCAUUCUACGAACGUGCGGGUAAAGUUGUUGCCUUAGGUAGUCCAGAUAGAAUCGGGUCAGUUUCUAUUGUUGCAGCUGUUUCUCCAGCUGGUGGUGAUUUCUCUGAUCCAGUUACAACUUCUACUUUGGGUAUCACUCAAGUUUUCUGGGGUUUGGAUAAGAAAUUGGCCCAAAGAAAGCAUUUCCCAUCUAUUAACACCAAUGUUUCAUAUUCCAAGUACACAAAUGUGUUGAACAAGUAUUAUGAUUCCAAUUACCCUGAUUUCCCUAACUUGAGAGAUAAGAUUAGAGAAAUCUUGGCUACUGCUGAAGAAUUGGAACAAGUUGUUCAAUUGGUGGGUAAAUCUGCAUUAUCUGAUACUGACAAGAUUACUUUGGAUGUUGCUACAUUGAUCAAGGAAGACUUUUUACAACAAAAUGGUUACUCUACUUAUGAUGCAUUCUGUCCUAUUUGGAAGACUUAUGAUAUGAUGAAAGCAUUCAUGGCUUAUCAUGAUGAAGCCCAAAAGGCUGUUGCCAAUGGUGCUCAAUGGAACAAGUUAUCAGAAGCUACCGGUGACGUUAAGCACAAGGUUUCUUCAUCCAAGUUCUUUGAACCAUCCAGAGGUGAAACUGAAGGAGAAGCUGAAUUCAGUAAAUUGUUUACUACUAUAUCUGAAAGGUUUGCUGAAGCUUCUGAAUAA